AUGGUGUUAAAGGGAAUCCAGGGCAUUAGCGACGUUGAGUUGAAGCAGUUGAUUUCAGAAGUGGGAAACAGUUCUCUUGUUUGCGCUCUUCUCAAUAGUUGUAGCGGUCUUUCUUUCGUUCUACCAACCUUAAGAUUUGAUGUCAAAUCCACUUGUGAUGACUGCAAAAAAAUUAUAAUUGAUAUGCGUGCUCUUCUGCAAGAUAACGACACAAAAGUUGCCAUCGCUGGCUACUUAAAGAAGGCAAUUUGCUAUGAUCUUCCUCUUCAAGUGGUUGACAUCUGCAAGCGCACAAUCGAUGCUUACGUGGGUGCUCUUAUGGAUCUAGCGGGCAAUGAGCUGGACCCUGGUCCAAUUUGUGCUCUCUUCGGACUUUGUCCCUCCGAAGUGGCUGCGAUGACGGUAAUAUUCGUACAAUUAUUUCACAACUUUAAGAAAUCGGAAAGAAGUUUGGAAGAAGAAGCUUAUUCUUGGAUCAAAAGGCCCGAUUCCGUUGGAUUUGAAUUUUUUCACUCCCGUCUUAGUUAUCCUGGAACUUUUCUUGCCUCCGAUGCUUGUGCUGAAUGCAAAAAUGUAUUCUCUCGUAUCCGUGAUGAAACCAAGGAUCCCGACUUCGAUCAAGCAUUGAAGCAGGCGGUUAAGAAGUCUCUCUGCGAAUCAUUUGGCUACUUUAAGGCCAUGUGUGAAAUGGCUGUUUCCAAGGAGGUGGAUGCUAUGAUUGACAACGCCUCGAAUGUUAAUAUCACAGAUCUCUGCUAUUUCUUUAAGCAAUGCACGAAUGGCGUAUCAUCGCCUGAAAAAGCUGCCAAAGCUUUUGCCUCACAGAGUUCCAAUGUUUCCAUUCCCUUUGUUUGUCCGAUUUGUGAGAUGUUAUUUAAAAAGGUGAUCGACCUGGUUCUCAACAACAAGAGUGAGGCUGCAAUCAUUUGGGCACUUGAAGAGGCUUGCCACAUGUUGCCGUCAGAUGCCCGAAAAGCAUGCAUUAACUUCGUUGACGCAUACUCAGAUUUAAUCAUUCGAGAGUUAAUGGCAGGCACCGCUCCCAAGCUUAUUUGCCUCAACUUUGGCGCCUGUAACGCAGUGAUGACAAGUUCAACUGUUAAUGGGAAAUCGGAGUGCAAAUUGUGCGAAGUGAUUGUGGAAACCGUUUACGAGAAUCUAGAGGCCAACGCCACCAAGGAGGAUAUUAUCAAAGCGUUGGAGACAGCGUGUAACUAUCUCCCCUACGUUAAGAACCAGUGUACACAACUGGUGGAUAAAUACUCCUCCCAAGUCAUUGACCUCCUUGUGAGUGGUUUGCCACCCAUAGAAGUCUGUCUGAAGCUGGGUUUCUGUUCUCGACUCGUAGUCGCUGAGUCGAGUGUGAAGGAUGGCUGUGCCAUCUGCGAGGUUGUCUUUACCGAGCUCUACUCCAAGCUGCUUGACAAUGUCACUGUGGAGAGCAUCGAGGAUCUCUUAGAACACCUGUGCAAAUACGUACCCUCAUCCUACGUCAAUACGUGCCGAACUUGGGUCGAACAGAACACGGCUGCGAUCGUCGAUCUUGUCAUGCAAAAAUACCCACCAAGGGAGAUUUGUGAGGAUCUAUCAAUUUGCUAUCACACUAUGUCUCCUGAGGCACAGAAAGGUGGAAAGUGUGAAAUCUGUACGGAGAUAAUAGAUUUUAUCUACACCAAAAUUGAGGAUGAUGCUACAGCUGAUCAGAUUGAAAAGGUUCUGGAGAGUGUCUGCAAUUACUUUCCUCGUGAAAGUCUGAGGGCCACCUGUCGCGAGUACGUUAAAGCCUACACCCAAACACUGAUUGAUCUGUUGGUGAAGAAUCUGCCCUCCAAAGAAAUCUGCCAAGAAUUAGGCCUGUGUCUGUCGGCUUCCAGCACAAAGCGUUUUUGCGCCGGCGGUCCCUCAGCUUGGUGUCGUGAUCGGUACACUGCGAAACUCUGCGCCCAGGAGGCCUUUUGCAGUGAGUUCAUCUGGCAGCGUCCGACUGCCUCGGACCCGAAUUCACGUCCACCAGUUGUUCGGAAUCGUCUUUAUUACGCCUUUCCAUAUGGUGAAAUCCUUCCACUUUUUUCCGUAUUUUAUGGGAGAUACGACUGCAGUAAACUUUCUACUCUCGAGGAACGCUGUUCCAAUGAGCGGUUGAUGCGUCUAUGUGGUUUUGGUCCCUUCUGUUCGGAAUACAAGCUCCCGCUGUUGGAUCCCUCUGACGCUUGUCGUUUGUGUCGAAAUCUCCUCACCCAACGUCUCACCUAUGGUACUUUUGCUCUUGACUGCUCCAUCUAUGUCAAUCCGGUGGAAAAAAUCCGAUGUCAGAGUAUUCGUUCGCUCAAGGUCCCGGGACGUUUGUCUUUCAGCAACCUCGACUCCUUUUGCAAGGAAAAUAAACUCUGCAACGACUCCUUAGAACCAUCAAACUCUAAAGCCCCCCUUCAAAGCCUUAUUGGCGACGAUCCCUGCCUGUGGGGACCCUCAGUCACCUGUCGCGAUGCCGACAUUGCAGCUCGUUGUGGUGUGACUUCCUAUUGCCAGCAACACGUUUGGCAGGCUGAUUACCCGCCGUCCCGGGCCGAAAAAGUCCCCGGAUUUGCUCUCGUUGAUUGCUCUCGUCCACUUCGUGAGCUCUGUGUUUCCCCAUCAUUGCGAUACUGUGGACGCUCUAUUCUGGAGCAAUGUCGUCAGUACACCGCACCGGACAGCGUUGGAAGUGAAAUGCGUCAUGAAAUGUGCAAAGACCGUCCUCUAAGCUUCUGUUCGGAUCCAAGAAUGAUAAAAAUUUGUGGAAUGGGUGAGUACUGUGAGGCAAUGAGUAUGACGCCUACAUCAACAAUGCCACCAACUACAGAGGCUCCAUCCGAUCCUCGAUGUCGUCUCGGCUCAGCUUUUGUGUGUCAGACCUACGCAAACGCAGUACAUUGUGGUCAAGUGGAAAUGUGUCGUCGUCGAUUCUGGCCACAAGGAGUGUAG